CAUUCGCACUCACUGGAUGCAGUCCCAGCAGGUUAUCAUUUAAGGAGAGAGAUAACAUUGGAGAGCUCAGAUGAUGCUACAAAUUACACAUUGUCCAUGCUUUCAUUUCGCAGAUAAACAGUGACAAUGUUGAGGAAUGCGGCAGAAGAACAGUUGAUCCAGACAGAUUAUUGAGAGAACAUGGCAAGAAGAACAAGGAUGUGUUUGACAUUUCCUGGUAUAGUGGUUGUCUGUCUGCUUCUUCUGGUUGGCUUAGUGGAGACAGCCAAUGAAGUAGACCCAUACAAUAUUCUUGGAGUGACCAAAAGUGCAAGCCAAACUGAAAUCAAGAAAGUGUACAAGCGCCUAGCUAGGGAAUGGCAUCCUGAUAAAAACAAAAAUGAAGGCGCUGAAGAUAUGUUCAUCAAGAUUACCAAAUCUUAUGAGAUCUUAUCCAACGAGGAGAAACGGGCCAAAUAUGACCGGUAUGGACAGACUGAUGACACCCAGCCGUAUGGUCAUGGUCACUACGGUCAUGGUCACGACCAAUUCUACUUCGACGAGUCCUUCUUCCACUUCCCCUUCAGCAACAAGGGCAGCCAGGAGUUUGCUGAUAGCAAGUACGCUCUGCAUUUCAACCAGUAUGUGAAUGACGUGGUGCCUGACAGCUUCAAAAGACCGUACCUGAUCAAAAUCACCUCCGACUGGUGCUUCAGCUGUAUCCACAUUGAGCCAGUCUGGAAAGAGGUUGUGCUGGAGCUGGAGGCCUUGGGUGUGGGGAUUGGUGUGGUGGACGUUGGUUAUGAGAGACGUCUGGCCAAUCACCUCGGUGCUCACCGCACCCCGUCCAUACUCGGUGUCAUCAACGGGAAAGUGACCUUCUUCCACUACGCUGUGGUGAAGGAGCACCUGAGGCAGUUUGUGGAGGACCUGCUCCCUCAGAGACUGGUUGAGAAGGUUACAGACAGGAAUGACCUUCAAUUCCUGAACAGCUGGCAUGAGCAGAACAAGCCGCACGUGCUUCUGUUUGACCAAGUGCCUGUAGUCCCACUCUUGUACAAGUUGACUGCGUUCGCCUAUAAGGAUUAUGUUCAGUUUGGCUACGUGGACCAGGGUCUCUCAGAUACUGCCAACCUACUGAAACAGUUCAACAUUAACACCUACGCCCCCACCAUGCUGGUCUUUAAGGAGAGUAUAGACAAGCCUGCAGACAUUAUACAGGCUAAAGGAAUGAAAAAACAAGUCAUUGAUGAAUUCAUAUUGAACAACAAGUUUCUCCUCGUCCCUCGACUGGUGAACCAGAAACUCUUUGAUGAGCUUUGUCCUGUGAAGCAGUUCCACCGACGCAGAAAGUACUGUGUCCUGCUGAUCACUGGUGAUGAGGAGUCCUAUACCAUAGGAAACCAGGCCUUCCUCUCAUUUGCCUACACCAACACUCAGGAGGUGGUGAGAUUUGCCUAUGUCUACCAAAUACUGCAACAACCACUGUGUGAUACUCUGCUGAAGACCAAGGACAGUACACAGCCACCACAGGUGUUCAUCUUGGAGCGUCGUAACGCGGCAGGAAAGAUCCUGUACAAGGAGGUGGCGGGCGGUUGGAAUGGAACCGAUAAGAAUAAACAACGUCUCUUGGAUGAGCUGCAGAGGCUACAGAAAGACCCCUCCAUCCUCAACCAAGACGCAAUGCUGCCGGAGCUCAACAAUGAGUUUGCCUCUAUGUUUCUCAUUCGAUGGAUCUAUACAGCUUAUGAUUACCUCACUGAAAUCAUUGAUGAUAUUCUUCACAAUAAUUGGCGUGAGAUGAUGCCCCUCCUGUCGUUGAUAUUCUCGGCCUUAUUCAUCCUGUUUGGAACUGUGGUGGUUCAGGCUUUCAGUGACUCUAGUGAAGACGGCAAAUCCAAACCGAAGGCAAAAGACGGAGCUAAGGCAGAAAAUGGAUCACCGGGUAGCAGCAGCACCUCAAGUCGCCCACCGAAGAAGAACUUUGUGGAGGUGACGGAGCUGACAGACAUCACGUACACCAGUAACCUGGUGAAGCUGAGACCAGGCCAUAUGAACGUGGUGCUGGUGCUCACUGACGCCUCCAAGAACGUCCUGCUCAGCAAGUUUGCCAAAGAGGUCUACUCUUUCACUGGGAGCCUGACGCUGCACUUUUCCUUCUUGAACGUGGACAAGCACAGUGCAUGGAUGGAGACGCUGCUGGAGUUCGCCCAGGAUGCCAUGCAGAUAGACACUGACGAGGACGAUGGUGCCCGCCACAAGAUAGACUACACGGGCUACAUCCUGGCACUCAACGGCCAUAAGAAGUACCUCUGCCUCUUCAGGCCUGUCUACACUGGGGAGGAAGGACCCGGGGGCGCCACUGGGGGAGGGAGAAGGUCUGGGUCCAGAGAGGACCACCCACCACGCAGGUCUAUGCCCAGGUCCCGCUCCACUGCCACACUGCAGAUCCACCACAAACUGGACCGCCUGGGGCUGUGGAUGGAGAGGCUGAUGGAGGGAACCCUUCCCAGGUACUACAUCCCUGCCUGGCCUGGCCUGGAGAAGAUCACCGCCCCCAAAUAGGGGGGAAGAUAACAGGACUCCUACCGAACAUCCUGACUUACCGGGAAAACCUUUGUGAGGUUUGAAAUGAAUUACAUGCAAAGUCAGGAUUCAGGCCUAAAUGGACACAUACCAAAGCUAUCUGUGUCUAAAAGCCAAGAUUCCAAGGUGUCCUCAUGGCAAUGUAUUCAGGGGGGAGGCUAAUGUAUGUUUUGAGUGCAUGCACUGGGACAUAGUUUGAAGAAAUUACUUUCAAUAGUGAGGUUGGCUUGACUCAUUGAGACAACUGGACUACAUUCAUCUGCCAUCUCCUGUUCUGCUGGAGUUAGCUACAGCUGUCUGUUUUGCACUUCAGAUAUUUAUUUCUUACAGAAGUACUUUAAAGUAGGAUCGAUAGUGGGAGGGUACAGAAUAUAGUGGAUCUAAAAGCAACAACCGUUGAACAAUUCCUAGAUCACUUUCCUUUUGGGAUCCCUUCCUCUGCAUGCUGUCAUAGUAGUUACUUAGUUAUAAUAUCUGCUGCUGUUACAACCUCUAGAUGAGCUAACUUAAUCACUGUGGUCAUAAGUAGACUCCUGCCUUUUUAAAACCAUCAUCCAUGCUAUUCAUGUAUGUAAUCUAUCAGACUGUGCUCUGAUAUUAGCUUCACUGUCUCAAUGGUGAUUGGUCAGUUCUGUGAAUAGAGAUGCAUGUCUACUAGAUCUAUUUUGUUCACCAUUUUGAUCGUUUCCUGAACUUAAGGCUUAUUAUUGUGCAAUAUAUAAUGGAACUACAAUGCCUUCCAUUUCCCCUGGCAGCUAAUAUUUCAUGUUUAUCCUUCUUCAUGUCGACAUAGGCUAUUAUUGAAAAAUCUACACAACAUUAUUAUUGUGCUUUUUGUUACAUGACCAAUUGCAAGCUUUUUACAUUAGUCUAUUUUACUUUUUAUUCCAUUUUUUACAUCACAUAGCCAGUGGCUUCAGUGGGCUCAGUUGGUAAAGCAUGGCGCUUGCAACGCCAGGGUUGUGGGUUCGAUUCCCAUUGGGAACCACUACGAAAAAUGUAUGCAAUCACUACUGUAAGUCGCUCUGGAUAAGGGCGUCUGCUAAAAGACUAAUGUGUAUGUAGCAAUGAUAUAGUGUAUGUUGGACAACAUUUCAUGUGACAUAUAUUUUGGAAUAGAUCAGGGCAGAGCAAAUGCAAAUUAAAAAACUUAACUGUGCUUAACCCAAUUUAUAAGCAUUAAACUCUGAUAUUGUCGUCAUGACAAUAAUGUAGUUAUAUUUGGGAAAUGUAAAUGCUGUACAUAGUCUACCUUCUAUGUUAUCUGUACAUAGUCUACCUUCUACCAUGUUAUCUACACAUUCUACCAUGUUAUCUGUACAUAUUCUACCUUCUACCAUGUUAUCUACACAUUCUACCAUGUUAUCUGUACAU